CAGUGCGGAGGGGAGCCUGGCCCGAGCCCGCGGAUUUCUUAAUGAACUAUCUCCGCAUGCGUAGAGGGAAUAUGGGGAGGGAGGUGGAAGCACCAAGAGGAGGAGGGGAGGGGUGGGGAGUGUAAAGAGGUGGGAUGGGGGAGGGGACAAGAGAGCGAGGUGUCUCCCUAGCUCGCUGCCUCUGGCAAGAGGAGUUUUUAAAAAGCUCGAACAGAUCAUGUCAUGACGACUUCGCUGCUCCUGCAUCCGCGCUGGCCGGAGAGCCUUAUGUACGUCUAUGAGGACAGCGCGGCGGAGAGCGGCAGCGGCGGGGGAGGCGGCAGCACGGGCGGAGCGGGGGGCGGCUGCAGCGGAGCGAGCCCCGGCAAAGCCCCAAGCAUGGACGGGCUGGGCAGCAGCUGCCCGGCCAGCCACUGCCGCGACCUGCUUCCGCACCCCGUGCUGGGCCGCCCGCCGGCUCCCCUGGGCGCCCCUCAAGGCGCAGUCUACACGGACAUCCAGACCCCCGAGGCGGCGCGCCAGUGCGCCCCGCCGCCUGCGCCCCCCACCUCGUCCAGCGCCACACUGGGCUAUGGCUACCCGUUCGGUGGCAGCUACUACGGCUGCCGCCUAUCGCACAACGUGAACCUGCAGCAAAAGCCUUGCGCCUACCACCCGGGCGAUAAGUACCCGGAGCCGUCCGGCACCCUGCCCGGCGACGACCUGUCCUCCAGGGCCAAGGAGUUUGCUUUCUACCCCAGCUUCGCCAGCUCCUACCAGGCGAUGCCCGGCUACCUGGACGUGUCGGUGGUGCCUGGGAUCAGUGGGCACCCGGAGCCGCGUCACGACGCGCUCAUCCCCGUCGAAGGAUAUCAGCACUGGGCUCUCUCCAACGGCUGGGACAGUCAGGUGUACUGCUCCAAGGAGCAGUCGCAGUCCGCCCACCUCUGGAAGUCUCCCUUUCCAGACGUGGUUCCCCUACAGCCGGAGGUGAGCAGCUACCGGCGCGGGCGCAAGAAACGCGUACCCUACACCAAGGUGCAGCUGAAGGAGCUAGAGAAGGAGUACGCAGCCAGCAAGUUCAUUACCAAAGAGAAGCGUCGGCGCAUCUCCGCCACCACGAACCUCUCGGAGCGCCAGGUCACUAUCUGGUUCCAGAAUCGGCGGGUUAAAGAGAAGAAGGUGGUCAGCAAAUCGAAAGCGCCUCAUCUCCACUCCACCUGACCGCCCACCCAGCCGCCUUUCCCGUCUAUUUAUGUCGCCGCUUUGUACCAUAACCCAACCCACGAAGGACGCUUAGGCGGUGCAGGCGAAUAUUUAAUGUUAACAACUUAAUGGAACCGUGCCGCUGGGAGGCAAAGACGACCAGAGGGUGUGCUCUGUCGCUCCCUACUCCCCAUCCCAUCCUCAACCCCCACCCCUAUCCAGAUGGGACCUACCAAGUCUCAACAGCUUUGGAUGCCGGUCUGGGUGGGCUAUGACAGCGAGGCUGCCGCACCCCACUCUCCCUUGCCCUCACCCCUCUCCUUGCCAGAUAGCCAGAAGGGCAGUGAAGAGCCAGAACAUUCCAACCGAAGCAAGUCUGGGGAACUCCCAAUGACCCCAUUCUAGUAUCCUUCUUUACCUAGGCAGGUAAAGGACCCUCCUGGGGUUGCGGCCAUGGCGCAGGAUAUGGCGAGUUCAUACUUUCCUUUCAGUUCCUCUCCCUGGUCCUUGUCUCUCUUGCACUCUUUAGUUAGUCAAGAUCUCCCAGUUAAGAUUUCUGUACAUAUUUUAAAAGUCGUGUUAAUAUUAAUAAUAAUUAUUAGGGAUCUGGCAUUAUGGUUGGA